AUGCGGCACCGAACGUCAUCGUCGACGAUCGUCCUACUCCUGCUGGCCGCCUCGUCCUGGCGGGCCUCCUCCUUGCACUCGGACUCGGGCUCGUGGUUUCAACCAACGAAGGGCGAAAUCUGGCCCAUGCCGAAAUCGCGAGUGCUCAAGGAGGAUUUCUACCUUCUGCGGCCGUCUAACUUCGACAUCCGAGUAAGCGGCGAGACGUGCGAUAUAGUGACCGAGGCGAUAGAACGGUAUACGAGAAUCAUCUUGACGGAAGCCAGAAUAGCCAGGCUGGUCACGGAGGGGCAGCCAAGAACAUCCGUCCGAGACGAUCCUCACUUCAGGGGCACUCUUGAGGCCCUGAGCAUCCACCUUUUGCAGCCUUGCGAGCAGAAUGGCGAGCAUUGGCCGCACUUGCACAUGGACGAAUCCUAUAAGCUUGAAAUAAACGAGACAUCGCAGGUCGCCGUUCUCCGGGCCGAAGCCGUCUGGGGAAUACUACGAGGACUCGAAACCUUCUCGCAGGUGUUGGCUCCGUCCGGCGACGGUCCAACCUUGAAAGUGAAAUGCCAGACCAUCGUGGACCAGCCGAGAUUGCCGCAUCGAGGUCUCCUGUUGGACACCUCUCGCCAUUAUCUACCUAUAUCCGACCUCCUGUUGACACUGGACGCAAUGUCGUACAACAAGCUCAACGUCCUGCACUGGCACAUCGUCGACGACAAUAGUUUCCCGUACCAGAGCACCAGGUAUCCCGACCUGUCCGCCAAGGGCGCUUUCCAUCACUCGAUGAUCUACACGCCCAACGACGUGCAGAAAGUCGUCGAUUACGCGAGACUACGCGGGAUCCGAGUGAUGCCCGAGUUCGACACACCCGGACAUACCAGAUCGUGGGGGCUGGCAUAUCCGGAAUUGCUGACUGCAUGUUACGACUCAAACGGCAAACUGAACGGUAAACUGGGCCCGAUGAACCCGACGAGGCCGGCGCUAUACGAAUUUGUGCGCAAUUUGUUCUCCGAGAUCGUGCAAGUGUUCCCCGAUCAAUACGUCCACCUGGGCGGCGACGAGGUGCCCUUCGAUUGCUGGGCCAGCAAUCCGGAAAUUAUUACGUACAUGAACAUGCACAAUAUGUCCAACAGAUACGAGCUCCUGGAAAGCGAGUACAUAACGAACGUGCUUGCGAUCAGCAAGUCGUUGGACGCCAAAACCAUCGUCUGGCAAGAAGUGUUCGACAACGGCGCGGUGUUACCCACGAACACUGUCGUCCACGUCUGGAAGAUACCGCGUUGGCAGAAAGAGCUGGAAAGAGCGACAAUGGCCGGCCACCCGGUUUUGCUAUCUUCUUGUUGGUACUUGGAUCACAUUGCCGGCGGCGGCGACUGGACCAAGUAUUAUAAUUGCAAUCCUUUCGAUUUCGUCGGCGCGGCCAAUGUCACGCAACUCAUGCUCGGCGGUGAAGCUUGUAUGUGGGCAGAAUUCGUGGAUAGGAACAACGUGCAUCCUAGAAUUUGGCCGCGCGCGAGCGCAGCGGCCGAACGUCUGUGGAGCUUCAACAAGCAGGACAACAAUGCAGCUGCCCAGCGUCUGGAGGAGCACGCCUGUCGUAUGAACAGACGCGGUAUACCUGCACAACCACCAAACGGACCGGGAUUCUGCGUGACGUAGCGUGCAUCUGCUGCUUGUCACGAAUCUGCCGUUUAACCUACGCGUAUUACGCCCGCGCACGCUAAUGAGAAACACAGUUGUCAUUUCGCACUCAUUCACCGCUGUCCCAUCAACGUAUGUCGCAAUAAAUACAGUUUGAAUAACAA